AUGGAGAAAAUUCUUAGAUCAUUAGAUCCAAAGUUUGGACAUAUUGUCACCAUUACCGAAGAAACCAAAGACUUGGAGGCUAUGUCAAUAGAGGAACUUCUUGGUUCGUUGCAAGCUUAUGAAGAAAAGAAAAAGAAGGAAGAGAUCGUGGAGCAAGUCAUUAAAGCACACGUUGAUUCAAGAAAAGAAGAAAAUGCACACAACCAAUCAAGGCGAAGUUAUAGUCAAGAAAAAGGACGAGGUCAUGCAUAUGAACAUGGACAAGGACCAAGGCCUAACAACAAUAACCAAAGAGGAGAAAGUUGUAGUAGAGGUCGUGGGAGAGGAAAUCCGAAUUCAAGGUAUGACAAGUCACGAAUCAACUGUUACAAUUGUGAUAAGUUUAGACAUUAUGCUUCUGAAUGUAGAGCCCCUAACAAAAAUAAAGUUGAAAAGAAAGCCAAUUAUGCUGAAGAAAGGUGUCAAGAAGAUGGUACUUUGCAACUAGAUUACGAGGGUCAAGAUAAAGGCGAGGAUAAUCAGUGGUACCUUGACAGUGGAGCAAGUAACCAUAUAUGUGGGAAAAUAAGCAUGCUCGUAAAGCUUGAUGAAUCGGUAAAGGGAAACAUGACUUUUGGAGAUGAAUCAAAGGUUGCGGUGAAAGGGAAAGGUAAUGUCCUCAUCCGACUAAACAAUGGAGAACAUCAAUUUAUUUCCAACGUAUAUUAUGUGCCAAGAAUGAAGAACAACAUCUUGAGCUUAAGACAACUCUUAUAGAAAGGUUAUGAUAUUCAA